AACAUACUUGGAACUGUUCAAUUAUAUUUCUAGAGUUUUAUAUCUACUCAGAUGGAUUCUGGUAAGAUCUCCAAUAGCACUCACAACCAACAGGAAUGCUCGAUAUGCCUAGAACCAAUACUCUCCAAUCACACCGUUGGCAAAAUUGCAAACUGUUGUAAUAUACUGUAUCACGACAAAUGUCUAAUAACCUGGUCCCAAAUGUCUAACAGUUGUCCCACAUGUCGGAAACGAUUCCAUAAAAUCAACAUAUCCUCCAAAUCAAAUGACAAGAUCAUUCACACGAUUCAGGUCAAGGAUAAAUUACUCCCGAAUGGUGCCAUCAAUGAUAUACCCAGCCAGUUCAUCAUACCUCCCACACCAAGCCCGCUGAUACAGCUAAAUGCACAGUAUUUCGAUGAUAACGAAGAUGAAGAAGAGGAGGAGUGGGGGUUGCUUUCUGCUUCGGGUGUUUGUUGCAUUUGCAGCUCCCUGAUUUAUUCCAACAGUUAUCGCAACCAGUUAAUUACAUGCCGAUCAUGUUUUUCGAAAUUCCAUUUACAUUGCCUUGGAGUCAGCCCAGACCAGUAUCUAAUUUGGAAUUGUCCCAUAUGUGAUUGUCAUCAAGAGUGUGUAGUAGCUAGAAACCCAUCUCUGGCUGCAGCAGGAAGAAGGCGGAUCAAUUCGAUAUUGAAUAACUUAAUGGGUGGAUCACGAAGGUCCAGACUGAACUUGGUGAUCCAUAAUGAAAAUGACGAGCUAGAUAUAGAUUUCUUGUAUGAGAAUAACGAUGAUGCAGAUUUUUCGAUACGGCCUUGGCAACAAGUCUCUCCCAUGGAACCAUCACAUACAGUGAUAAAUGGCGGAGUUAUUCGAAGACGAGAGGAGAAACAACGGUUGCAACUUACCGAAGAAGAAAAGAAUUCGUGGCUGUUGUUUGAACAGGCCAGAAACCAGGAGGACCAAGAAGCAGGUAUUGUUGAUCCAGUGGAGUCUUCAUUGAGCCAAGUAACAAGUGAAGGUGAUAAAAAGAGAAGAAGAAGGAAGAAAAUGACACCACUUGAGCAUAAGAAUCCCGAAGAGGGCUCUUCCAGUGGGAAUGGACGUAUAACCAGCCUUAUUAACCAAUUGAAAGCCCCAAAUCAAAAGAGUAAGCCAUCACGCCCUCCUUUGAGAAACAUCGUCUGUGCUCCUACUAGUUCAUCUUCUUGUGCAUUAAAACCACCAGCUAUAACCGCUGAAUCACCUGGUUCCAGUUCUCCACAAAGUAACAGCCCGAUGGAACUGUCGUCGUAUUCAAACGAUAGUGAUACUCAAUAUGAACUGGAUACCAAAUCACGCAAACGACCUAAACCAGCUGGGUUGAACUUAGAACAGAAAGUUGAAAUUCAGAAUCAUAUAAAGAAUGUGCUAAGACCAUUAUACAAGCCAGGCAGCGAAGAUUCAAAAUUUAUAAACACUGAAGAAGAAUAUAUUCGAAUAAACAAGACAAUUUCUCGAAAAAUAUAUUCACAUAUUCUCACCGAGUCAAUCGAUGACACCGGGGAAAUACUGAGCACGCUAGUUGACAAUUACUUUGAUGUGAAUAUUCCUACCAAGUUAAAAGAAGUGGUGGAUAUGUAUAUAAACAAAGAGUUGAAUGAUUUAUCUAUAUAAUUUAACGACGACGAGGACCCUUUGGUUUAUUGAACUUCAAUCCGGUUCUGUUGGAAUUUGUAGAAGAUACGGAACCAGGCGUAGGAACUUCUGAUUCAAUGUCCAAUUGAGAUAAUUCCAAUUCAUCCAAAUCACCAACUUCCAAGUUCUUGUCUAUCGACAAAUUCAGAGGUUUUAAUAUCUGAUUGAGAUGACUGAUUAAACUUACUUUUGAAGCUGCAUAUAUCAUUCUUUCUCUAACUGGUGAACCGGAAGGACAUGAAUAAAUAAAUGCAAAUUUAUUAAUGUGGUAGUUGUACACGGCAUACAACGGAGUUGGCUUUUCCUUAUUUUCAGAUUCAGUCAACAGUGGUAUCAAAUCAACUAAUCUGACAUCAGUUUCUGCCCUAUUCAAUACAAUUUCAUCACCUUGGAUAUUGAAGGUGACCAAUUUAAAUGAAGAAGUAUUGUCCUUUAAAGAGUCAAAAUUCUGUUGCAAUUCAGGAGUAAACUUUCCCAAAAUAUCAGCAGAACUGGAACUACUUGCAGUGUCAUGAAUAGAGGGCAAUUCCUUUUUGAAUCCAUGAUGAUCCAAACUGGUUUGACUUGACAAAUUCAAGUCCUGAAGAUUGUUCAAGGUCUUGAUAAUUUCUUCGUCUUUGGACAAUGGACCAGUACUGAUAUCUUCCACACUUUUUUUAUAAUUCGAGUAAGAUAAUUCAUCUAAUUCUGUCCACGCAAAAGUCCGAUUCUUGGGGAAGUUGUACGAACCAAGGGAUGAAACGAGGGUGUUCUUCGUGGAGGCAUACAACAUUUUUUGCUUAAUUGGAGCAACAUCUGGAAUGAAACUUAUAAAAACGUAGUCUUCUUCAUUAGAGAUGAUUAUAUAUGAAGGAUGUGGGAAUUCUUUCGAGAUGUGUUCGUGGACCAGGGUGAAUAACGAUUCAAUGGAACUUUCAGUUGGUGAGGUAUAGUUUGGGUCAGGAAUCAAUUGAGUGGAAUCAGAAGAUACUUUAAUGAUCAAUGCUUGUGAUUUCAAGUUCUUGAACGAGUCAAGCAACUCUGGUGAUGCAGUUAUACCUGAUUGUGUAGACAUAUUGCACUAGUGCUGUAAAGAAGAUGUCGGUUCAUUUGAAACUUGCGUUGUUUUUCUGGAUUAUCGGAACCUGCCCGAUUAGGCAAGGGAACAUUUUCCAUACAAACAAAAAUUAAAUCUAGCCGAAACUAAAUCAAUUAGUCAAACAGGAGCAACCAGCGAUGGCAACCACACUCUACUCUUUGUUGUCGUCAUUGGGUAUCACCACGGCGAUUCCAACAUACAACCAAGAGAACCCCGAUCCCAUUGAUCUUCAGAUAAAGUCACUAUUGUAUUUGUUCAAAAGGUUCAGAAUCAACAAAUUGGCAGCAUUUUUGGACAAAGAUGAUCUUAGUUUGAAAUACGUUGACGAUACCGAAGAAAUCGAGGAGAAUCAAAAACUAGAUGAACAAUUCAAUAUCGACCAAUUUCUAAAAUUGUUGAUCAAUGACGAAUAUAGAAUAUUAGUGGAUUUCUUCAAGAAUAAGUUCAGAUCAUAUUGCAUCCUUACCGAAUACCCUAAGGGUAUGGAGCCCUCAUUCCCCGAGUUUAGAGAUUCUAAAGACCAAAGGGUAGGCCAAUUCCGAUUCUUAUUAUUUCCUACAUCAGGUGUGACUGUUGAAUAUGUGGCGAGUUUAUUAUCUGGAUCAGACAUCUAUUGUGAACAUUUUUCUUACUUGCCAUACAAAGCAAGGGUGCGAUUAGCACUUGAGUCAAUUAGAGAAGUUACACCAUUUGAAUAUAAAGCAGCCAUAUUAAACAUCACAUUAUUGCAACGAACCAAAAUUAUUCGUGGAUAUUUAACCAAAAUGGCAUUCACAGUUCAAUUACAGCGUAUCUAUCAAGAACGAAUCAAGCUCAAUUCACCAAAUAAGUCAGACUCCGUAGCAAAACCGAACACUUCAUCAUCUCCAAUCAAGAUCAAGCCGAAGAAAUUAGCGAAAAUGGCAUCAUUCUCGAACUUAAACACACAAACUUCUCCGUCAAGAUUAUCCCCACGGAAAUCAAUGGCGAAUUUAAGACCACCAAGUCCUGGAAAACAACUCAAACCAAAACCUUCAAUUCCCAGGUUCCAACUUGAAGAAUUGUACAAUCCAGUGGUAUCACCUGUUAAACCGGUAGAUCAAAUUUCAAACAGUUCCGAUUCCGACAUUUCUCAUCCAAUUUUGUAUCCUGAGAUAUACGAAAAGUGCAAGUCUGCAAUCAUGGAACGAUUGAAACGUGAAAGGUUAAAGCUUUAGCACAUAUGCUUUGGCACCUAUAUAUAUAUAUAUU